AUGCCAAAGUCAAAACGGUCACAGGUCGUCUCACUGACCAAGGUUGCAAAAAAGACCAGAGAGCAUAAAACUGCUCUCCUGACAGAGAUUCAAGAAAAUUCGGAAAAAUGGAAGUUUUGUUGGGUCUUCGAAGUGGGUGCGAUGCGUAACACUCAUCUCAAAGCCGUCCGAAGUUUAUGGCGAGGUUCUGCAAGAAUUUUUUUUGGGAGGGCUGCAGUAAUGGCAAAGGCACUGGGAACAACACCGGAGGAGGAACAUCGCUUGGGACUACACAAACUGUCACAACACGUAAAGGGCCAAGUUGGCCUACUAUUCACUGACUCGGAACCGCAAGAAGUCAUAGAGUGGUUUGACGAUUUCCGAAAACCUGACUUUGCACGAGCAGGUAACAUCGCUAGCCGGACAGUCGUGCUUCCUGCUGGCCCCGUCAUGCGUGUGCACUCCGAGCCCCCAGAGCCGUUCCCUCACAACGAAGACCCUCAACUGAGAAAACUAGGGCUGACUACGGUAAUGAACAGAGGGGUUCCUACGCUGGAGACACCACAGCAGAUAUGCGAACAGGGAAAGGCGCUGACGAGCGAGCAGGCCCAACUACUGAAACUCAUUGGCGAAAAGAUGGUUGUUUUCCGAGUAGCUUUGAGGGCCCGGUGGGAUUCUGAGACGGGUAUGAUUACUGAGGUGGCCAGGUGGACCACCUGCAGCUGA